CCCGAUCUCUCUGCCCUCUCAUGCACGAGAGGUCGCCGGGGCCAUCGCUAGCUGCCGCGCUUCCGGUCCUGCUCCUGUCGCUGUCCCUGCUCGCCGGGCCGUCCUACUGCUGGUGGUGCAGCGCGGAGGACCAGGCGUGCUCGCCGCCGAUGGGGUUCCGCAGUGACGGCUCGCCGGCCACCGGUGGCGGGAUCAGUGAAAAAGGCAGGUUCAGUUAUGGGUUUGCGAGUUGUCCUGGGAAAAGGGCAUCAAUGGAGGAUUUCUAUGAGACGAGAGUCGAUGAUGUUGACGGAGAGACCGUUGGGCUGUUUGGGGUGUUUGACGGUCACGGUGGAGCUCGAGCAGCUGAAUAUGUGAAGAAACACCUUUUUAGCAAUUUAAUCAAGCAUCCAAAAUUCAUGACAGAAACAAAUGCUGCUAUUGCUGAAACAUUCAACCAUACUGAUUCGGAGUUUCUGAAGGCUGAUAGUAGCCACAGCAGAGAUGCUGGCUCAACUGCCUCAACAGCUAUUCUUGUUGGUGGUCGCUUGGUGGUUGCAAAUGUUGGGGAUUCUAGAGCUGUUGUCUCUAAAGGAGGGAAGGCAAUUGCGGUUUCGAGGGAUCACAAGCCGGACCAGACAGAUGAGAGACAGCGAAUUGAGGAAGCUGGAGGCUUUGUGAUGUGGGCUGGGACAUGGCGUGUUGGUGGUGUUCUCGCUGUUUCUCGAGCAUUUGGUGAUAAACUUUUAAAGCAGUAUGUUGUCGCUGAUCCAGAGAUCAAGGAGGAGGUAGUUGACGGCUCACUCGAAUUCCUUAUCCUCGCGAGCGAUGGACUGUGGGAUGUUGUCACUAACGAUGAAGCUGUUGCAAUGGUCAAGCCAAUAGAGGAUCCUGAGCAAGCAGCAAAGAGACUGCUCCAAGAAGCUUCUGUAAGAGGGAGCGCUGAUAACAUCACCGUUGUCAUAGUCCGCUUUUUGGAUGGAACAACAACUACUGGAGCCGGACCAAGUGAGGAGGUCGCCAAGGACCAGUCUUCAUAGUUUGUUCUCGUUCUUUGAUGCUGUCAUAUCCCCAGUUGUAUCUGAUGCUCAAAGUAGAUGCCCUCGGGCAGCACCCUGCCAUGCUGCUAAGGAAAACUGACUUGGCCUUGAUUUCAUUCUCGUUCCAUGCUCCCGGCUAUCCUAGAUGGUAAUGUGGGAGCAGAGGGAUUGAGGGGAUAGUGUUGUUACCAUACAAUCCAAUGAGGACUCUUUUUUUUUACUUCUUGAUGAACCUUGUAAUGUGUAGCUUCCGUGCUGGUGCUUCAUGCAGGUGAUUUUUAGCAGUGAAUGCAUGUAACUCUACUAUUUGAAUGAUUUGAACGAAGUUGUAGUUCUUCUCA